AUGUCUUCCAACCAGACAUCCUCGGGGGUGGCGGGUGAUUUUGACCACCCCAACGAGGCGUUGCAACGAUCGGUCAAGAUCUCACUCGUAUUCUCGUUUUUAUUCCCAACUUUGGCUGUUGGCUUGCGUAUCUGGGCGCGAAAAUUGAGUGGCUGCAGGUUGUUCUUGGAUGACUACUUGAUUCUGAUUGCUCUGCUUUUCAAGUAUGGAUGUUCCAUCGGAGUCACGAUGCUUCUGUACAACGGAUUGGGAUCCCACAUGUCCAUGGUCCCAGAAAAGAAUCUCAUCAUCUAUUUCAAAAUUGGAUGGGCAAACCCCUUUUUGUAUACAACAUGCGUUGCCUUCAUUAAGCUAUCUAUUCUGGCGCUUUACAAGCGCUUGUUCGCCGUCAAGUAUAUGGUCAUGGCGGUGAAUGUAAUGGGAUCGAUUGUCGUGCUUUGGGCUGUCAGUAUUAUGGUCGCAGCGACCUUGAAUUGCAUUCCUGUCAACAGUUUCUGGGAUAGGUCAAUCAACGGAAACUGCAUCAAUACGGCAACCUUCAACUACGCCAUGCAGAUCCCAAAUAUUGUCUCUGAUCUGAUCAUUCUUGUUUUGCCCAUUGAGGUUGUGGUCGGGUUGCCAAUCCCGAAAACCCAAAAGAUUCUCCUCUCCGGGGUAUUCCUCAUCGGUGGCUUAACUUUAAUCUUCGACAUCGUCCGACUGUGGGUCAUGAUCGAACUGACCAAGGCCGGCCCGGAUAUUACCUAUAACCAAGCCCCAACCGCCAUGUGGACAUGUCUCGAGGCAGCCGUCGCGAUCGUCGGGGCAUGUCUCCCCAACUUGAGACCCUUGUUCAAGUUUAGCACCCGCGGAUUUUGGACACAACUCCGAUCCUCCAGGGGAUCGAGUAAAGCCCACCUUAACUCUGACAAUACGAGCAACAUGAACAACACGAAUAACACGCACAACACACAUAAGGCUAGCUCGUCCGAGGACAAUAGCAUGAUCAAGCCAGGCUUGGCUGCCCACAUCUUUGAGUCGGGUACUCCGGGUAUAGAAACACACCGAUACAGCAAUUACAUGGACUGUGAAAAAUGA